AUGAAGCAAAAACUUAGUUCUAAUGCUGCUGCUGAAACUAAGAGAGUGCAUAAGCGUAAACUUAGUUCUACUGCUGCUGCUGCUGAGACUAAGAGAGUUGUUGGGAACGUCCAAAUGGGUAAUGGUCUUAAUAAGCGUGGAAGAUUAGAAAUUUCAUCCAGCAAAAGUGUUUCUCCUGAGAAGAGGACUACAAUUGUGGAGGCUUCUAAUAAACAUGAUAUGGAUUUUCAGUCAAACAACGCCCAGAAGUCACUACAAGAAAACAGGGAUUUCCCUACUGAAUUUAGUGACUACAGCUGUAGUCGCUAAAUAUACUAACCGAAUACCUACUAUUUAGCUACUGAUUUGCGACCAAUACAAAUCCGUUACUAGUUGGUCGCUAAUUUACGACUACUAAAUUUAGUCCUUAUUCAGUCGUUACUUUACGACUAUUUAGCUACUUAUACUAGGUCGCUAUAUUUUUGUCGGCCAUCAGUCGCAAAAUACCGUUACAAAACACGUGGAAAUCGUUACUGAGUUUAGUAUACCGGUUUUUGACGACUGAUUGUAGUUGUCGCCAAAUCAGUAGCAAAAGAGUGGCAAAAUAGUAGCAAAACAGUCGGUAAAUAUUCUAUAUAUAGAUGAAAACUGACACAUUUCUUAUCUCAUCACCCGUGUAAUAAGAAUCAUAUCCUUAAAAAAAUUCGAGAAAAAAAAAUCGUGAACAACAAUGACGAGCAAUUAUAACAAGUAUAUAAAUUUUCGUGCUUGGAUGUACAAGAGGAUUGAUGAAGAAACGGGGAAUUUCUCGAGAGAGUUUGUCGCGGGGGUAGAAGAAUUCAUGACGUUUGCAAAUAGUCAGGAAUUAACGCAGAGCAAUGGUGGUAAGUUCUUUUGCCCUUGUAGUAUUUGCAGAAACGAAAAAUUUCUCUCGGGGCAAAAAAUCUUGAAACAUAUAUAUAGUAGAGGAUUUAUGGAAGAUUAUUAUGUUUGGUACAACCAUGGAGAAGAAAUCGACAUGGGAUUAGGAACGAGUUAUGUUGAUCCGACGCAUUUAAGUGGUAGUGAAGAAGUUGGUAAUUUAGUAGAAGAUAGAUAUGUGGAAAUGGUGAAUGAUGCAUUUCGUGAUAAUUUGAAUUAUGAUAAUUAUCAACAGGAUGAUAGUUAUCAAAAUGUUGUAGAUCCGGUUUCGAACCAUUCAAAAAAAUUCUACGAUUUGUUAGAAGGAGCAAAAAAUCCUUUGUAUGAUGGUUGUCACGAAGGUCACUCGCAGUUAUCCUUAGCUGCUCGAGUUUUGCAAAAUAAGACAGAUUAUAAUAUGAGUGAAAAAUGUGUGGAUUCGGUAUGCCAAAUGUUAUCAGACUAUUUACCACCUGGAAACCAAUCAACCGCUUCCCAUUACGAGACAGAAAGGUUGAUGCGCAAUUUAGGCCUCCCCUACCACACAAUUGAUGUCUGUGUUAACAAUUGUAUGAUCUUCUGGAAAGAAGAUGAAAGAUGGGAUAAAUGUCGAUUUUGUGAUGCACCAAGAUGGAAGCCUAGAAAUGAACGGCGUAGGACAAAAGUACCAUAUAGUCGUAUGUGGUAUCUACCUAUUGCUGACAGAUUGAAGAGAAUGUACCAGAGCAAGAAGACUGCAUCAGCAAUGAGAUGGCAUGCAGAGCACCAAGCAAAGGAGGGUGAAAUGUGUCAUCCGUCAGAUGCGGCGGAGUGGAAAUACUUUCAAAAUCAACAUCCCCGUUUUGCAGAAGAACCUCGUAAUGUUUAUUUUGGCUUAUGUACGGAUGGCUUCAAUCCAUUUGGAAUGUCUAAUAAUCAUUCGUUGUGGCCAGUGAUCUUGACUCCAUAUAAUCUACCCCCUGGUAUGUGCAUGAAGACAGAGUACUUGUUUCUCACAAUUUUGAAUUCUGGACCGAAUCACCCGCGAGCUAGUCUAGAUAUUUUCCUCAAACCUUUGAUUGAGGAGUUAAAAGAGUUAUGGUCUACUGGAGUUGAAGCAUAUGAUGUCUCCUUGAAUCAAAAUUUCAAUCUUAGAGCAGUGCUUCUGUGGACGAUAAGCGACUUUCCGGCAUAUGGCAUGCUAUCAGGAUGGACGACCCAUGGGAAGUUGUCUUGUCCAAUUUGCAUGGAAGAUUGUAAGGCUUUUUAUCUUACUAAUGGAAGGAAGACCUGUUGGUUUGAUUGUCAUCGAAGAUUUCUUCCUGAUAACCAUCCACUGAGGAAGAAUAAAAAGGACUUCUUGAAAGGAAAACAAGCUUUGAAUGAUUUUCCACCUGAAUCUUUGACAGGUGAACAAGUUUAUUCGGAGCAGUUAAAUGGUGUCAAUCCACCAAAAACAUCUAAGUGCGGUGGAAAUGGUCAUGACAAGAAGAAACCUGGAUAUGGGAAACACCAUAAUUGGCACAAGGAAAGCAUAUUCUGGGAGCUGCCGUACUGGAGGGACCUCAAUCUUCGACAUAAUCUUGAUGUGAUGCAUAUUGAGAAGAAUUUUUUUGACAACAUCAUGAAUACUCUUAUGAAUGUGAAGGGUAAGUCGAAAGACACAAUCAAGUCAAGAUUGGAUAUAGCACUUUUCUGUGAUAGAGAACAUUUACAUGUUGAUAGCAAUGGGCAAGCUCCUUUCCCUCCCUACACAUUGGACAAGAACGCAAGAACAAGCUUAUUGGAAUGUGUGAAACAUUCGGUUAAAUUCCCAGAUGGUUAUGCUUCAGACCUAGCUAGGUGUGUUGAUCUUGAGAAUGGCAAGUUUUCAGGCAUGAAGAGUCAUGACUGCCAUGUUUUUCUGGAGAGGCUACUUCCAUUUAUAUUUGCAGAACUCCUAGACCAAAACGUCCAUCUUGCGUUAUCAGGUAGUAAUUUUUUUGUUUUUUGAAAUUUGAUAUAUAUAUAUAUAUAUAUAUAUAUAUAUAUGUUGAUAAUUAGUGUUGUACUCACAAUGUGAAAUUUGAAUAUAUAUUGUAGGUGUUGGUAUAUUUUUCCGUGACCUUUGCUCGAGGACAUUACAAAAAAGCCGGGUCCAAAAACUUAAACAAAACAUAGUUUCGAUAAUCUGCAAUUUGGAAAAGAUCUUUCCACCAUCAUUUUUUGAUGUGAUGCAGCACUUGCCUAUACAUCUCCCAUACGAAGCUGAACUAGGAGGCCCCGUGCAAUAUAGGUGGAUGUAUCUUUUUGAAAGAAAUUUCAAAAAGUUGAAAGCAAAUGCAAAGAACAAAAGAUAUGCGGCAGGAUCGAUAGUUGAAGCAUAUAUCAACCAGGAGAUAGCUUUUUUCUCGGAGCACUACUUUGCUGACAAUAUACAAACGAAAUCAAGGUUCACGAGAUUUGAUGAAGGUGAAGUCCCCGUAUAUCAUGUCGGAGGAGUACCUGAUAUAUUUACUCACGUAGGUCGUCCAAGUGGAGAAAUGCAAGAAAUAUGGCUAUCCGAAAAAGAUUAUCAAUGCGCACAUUCAUAUGUUUUGCGAAAUUGUGAAUAUUUUCAGCCAUUUGAGAGGUAUAUAAUUUGACAAUUGUUAACCUUAUGUUUUUUUUAUAUAUCCUACUUUGAUUUCUCAUAUUUGUGUUGGUCUAAUAUAGGAUGUUCGAAGAUUAUAUCAGUGCAAAAUAUCCAGACAUUUCCGAAGAAGAACUCUCCACGAAGAGAGCAGAUGAAUAUCAUAUAUGGGUGAAAGAUUAUGUAUGUCUUAGUAAUUAUACAUGUAUUAAGUGUUUUUUUUUCUUUAUAAUAUAUGAAAUUUAUUGAUACAGGUUAGCUACUGGAGCAACACACAUCCUUUUCCUCUUUGGGUUAAAGAUAUGGCGAAUGGACCCAUGAAUAAAGCUAAAGCAUGGCCUAUCUAUUUCACAAGAGGUUUUUUGUUUCAUACGCAGAAGCAUGGUGACGGACGAAAGACUUGUAACUAUGGAGUAUGUGUUAAAGGAGAGAGUUAUACAAAUAUAACUGAUGAAGCACAUUACUACGGGAUCUUAACUGAUAUCAUAGAAAUAAAGUAUGAGGGGGCGGUCGAUUUGAGAAUCACACUUUUUAAGUGUAAGUGGUAUGACCCUGUUCUUGGUAGAGGCACUCGGCGGAGCAAUGGUGGUAUCGUUGAUGUUCUUUCAUCGAGGAAAUACUACAAAUAUGACCCAUUUAUUCUAGGUACAUA